AUACGAUCCUUCUCUUGUACCACUUUGUUGCGUGUUGCUUCUGUACCUUUCCCCUGCUCUCCGCUUCUCUCCGCUUCACUCUCUCUCUCUCUCUCUCUCCGCUUGUCCGUGCCAUUGAUAAAGUGCCGCCGUCCAUAAUUGCCGUUCGCCGACGAUUGUCGCCCGCUUGCCGGCCGUUUGCUGCCGUUUGCAAGAGGGCUCCGCUUGUUCCCGCUUCUCUCCGCUUGCCCGCGCCUUUGGUAGCGUGCCGCCGUCUGUCGCCCGUUUGUCGCCCGUUUGCUUCCGUUUGCAGGAAGACUCCCGAGCAAAGCACUGGUCCCCCUGUUACACGCCCCACGCCUCCAAUCCCCCCCCCCCCCCCCCACAGCCCUCCCGUCCUCUCUCUCGUGCUCUAACCCCCUUGUCCAGCUGUUACUCCUUGAGCUGAGUAAAUCAACGAACGAAGAUGGUGUACUUCUUCAAAGCUCGUCCGGAGGCGGGCGAUUUCACGAUAUACAUGGGUCUUGACAAAUUUGAGAACGAGGAAUUGAUCAAGUAUGGCUUGCCGGAGGAUGUGUGGUUCCACGUGGACAAGCUUUCAUCUGCACACGUGUAUCUCCGCCUGCGCAAGGGACAGACAAUUGAGGACAUAAGUCCUGAGGUACUGGAGGACUGUGCGCAGCUUGUGAAGGCCAACUCGAUUCAGGGCAAUAAGAUCAACAACGUCGAUGUCGUGUACACGCCCUGGGCAAAUCUGAAGAAGACGGCAGCUAUGGACGUUGGUCAGGUGGGAUUUCACAGUUCGAAAGCCGUCAGGACAGUACGCGUUGAGAAGAGGAUCAACGAGGUCGUGAACAGGUUGAAUAAGACACGAGUGGAGCGAAAACCAGACCUGAAGGCGGAGAGGGAGGCAUAUGACGCAGCAGAGAGAGCACAGAGAAAGGCACAUGUGCGAGAGAUCAAGAGGAGAGAGGCGGAGGAGAGAGCGGAAAGGGAUCGCCAGGCGGAGUUGCGGAGUUAUAAGGGGCUCAUGAAUCAUGCGAAGAUGACGUCCAAUAAAGAUGCGCUCAAAGGGAAAAGUGUACAGGAGAUUGAGGAUGACUUUAUGUGAGAGAGGGGGGGGGAGAGGGGGGGGGGAGGGGGGGAGGAAGGGGCCAGCGGGAAAAGAAAAGAAAAAAACCCGUUUUUCUUGUUUGGUUUUGGUGUGACUUGGUCUCUCUUUAAAGGUGAGAGGAGCCAUUUUGAUUGCCGAACCCAGGCCUUCUUGCUGUGGCAUGCAUGGAUGUGUCUCUAUGUUAUCUAGACAUAUGUGCUAUAUCCGUAAGUGCUGUUUGUACGCCUACGAUGUCUGUACAUGAAACUGUAUCGCCUUUCUAAAAGUCUUGCACUAUUCUCUAAUACAUCCCCACUACGCACCCACUCCUAGUUUGCCUGGAACCCCUAGUUAAACGUAGAUGGCUUGGGGUUAAUCCUAAUGUGCAGCUAGUACUUUCCCUCCAGUUAACCCACUUUCUAUCCACAAUUUGUCCACAUUUUGUUCACAUGUCAUCCUUGUCCCAUCUGUGCAACAAGCUGGAAGGCGGCUUGUCAGAAUUCCAUUUUUGCUGUGUCCACACAACAAGCCUACAGUGCUGAUCACUAACUGAUCAUCUAUGCGUCUUUGUGCUAAGAUUGGUGCUGAGGGGAGAGAGUGGGAGGGCAUGGUGGAGGGGAGGGAGUGGAGCAGGCAGGAGAGAAAGAGAGAGAGGUGGGGCGAGUGGUUUUGGGUGUAAGACUGUUCUUUUCUGCUUUAUGGAGAGAGAGAGAGAGAGAGAGAGAGAGAGAGAGAGAGAGAGAGAGAGAGAGAGAGAGAGGUGGGGCGAGUGCUUUUGGGUGUAGGAGUGUUCUUUUCUGCUGUAUGGAGGCAUGGCUAAAUUUUAUUUUUUUCAGAGUUCUGUAAUAUUGUAGUGUGAAAUGAGUGAUAUAUAAGGUUUUCGCGAAUUGAGGUUUCCAGUCAGUUGCCAUUGCUAUUCACUAAGGCCAAAGUUGAGGUUGUUGGAGUGCGUGAGUGUAUGGGGGAGUGAUGAUUUUAUCCUCUGUAUGUCAUGUACAAGGUGACCAGCGAAUGCACCCUUUAGUCCGCUAGCAGAACUCGUGAUCAGGGAAAAAAAGAGGCAGGGCAGACAGUUGCUCGUGUCCAGGAAUUGUUGUUGGAGUUGGAGCUGUCGCUCUGCAAGUGAGGACGGAAUUGGAGCCUGCCCUUACCAUUGGCUGAUUGGCUUUGUCGUUGACAGCUUAACAUCU